AUGCUCGUUCAUCAUUUAAGGGCCGAGGGACGGUCACGGACAAUAAAACACGCACGGCGCCGCUCCGCCGGCUCCCUGCAGUGCACACCGCGCUCCCCGGGCUGCUCUGCGGGCACAGCCCCGCUCCGGGGCCGGUGGGCCCGGGUCCGGCUCUCCAGCACCGCCCGCGGAGCCCCGGCCCCUCACGGACGGUCCGCACGCGCCGCCACCGCCGCAGCGCUCGGCCCGCGGUUGCCCGCCCGGGUGCCUGACCGCCGCCAGGCGCGAACCCGCGCCGCGCCCACCCCGCCGCUCUGCCCGGCGGCUCCGCGAGGAGAGCCCGAGGCUCGGGCGGGACGGCGGCCCGCGGGCUGCCGAGCCAGUGCGGGCUCCCGACAGGUGGCCCCGCGGCGCCUCGCACCUGCGGGGGAAGGCGGCUCCGCCGGGGUCUUGCGGGGCGAAGCCGCCGUUGCCGAGGAGACUCGUCCCGGCCGGUGCGGGGGAGCGGAGCGGCCCCAGAGCGGCGGCGACAGCGCGGAGGCGAUGGCCGGGGCUGGAGGCGACAACCCCGGCCGACGGAGCUCUGGGCGGGGCGGACGGGGCGUGUUUCCGGCCAGCUCAGCAGCCGCCUUCCGCUCCGCCGCGACGAGCGCCGGUGGCUGCGGAGAGGCCGUGCCGAGCACCGAGAACAGCAGGGCCUCGCCCGGGAGCGUGCAGACUGCUGCGAAGAGGAACGGGAAGAAGCCGGAGAAGCGCCGCCGCCAUGCUGAGCGUGUUCCGCUCCAUCCCCACGCAGAUGGUGAUGUGGUCAAGCCUGCAGAGGAGGUGUUUUCAGCCACUGACUACAAGGGCCAAAAAUUAGCAGAACAGAUUUUUCAAGGAAUCAUUCUUGUUUCUGCAGUAAUUGGUUUUAUCUACGGGUACAUCACUGAACAGUUUGGAUGGACUGUCUACAUAGUUAUGGCUGGAUUUGCUUUAUCAUGUUUGCUGACACUCCCUCCAUGGCCCAUGUACCGCCGCAAUCCCCUCAAGUGGCUGCCUGUCCAGGAGUCAGGCACAGAAGAGAAGAAGGCAGCAGACAGGAAGCCAAAGAGACAUUCUAAAAGCUAAAAAUUAUGGUUUCCAGGUUGUUACUUUGUUAAUUUUUGUUAAAUUAAUUUCCACUGAGAAAUACUUCUUUGGUUUAGUGUUUGGGUUGUUUUUUUUGUUUGUACUUUGUAUACAACCAAGCUCUGCAGGGAGCAUGAAGGCUGGAAAUUGGGUCUGGAGUUUCAGGGAAGUCCUUGGGAAUACAGGGAAGGGGGGGAUUACCUUCAGAAGGCUACUGGUGGUCACACCUCAAGUAUUUCACCAAAAAGGAACACAGUGAAUCAAAUGAAUUCUAGUUAAUCUGUUGCCAUAGCUGAAAAGAUAAUAAACAGCUGGACUUUACUGAAAUAUUUCUACCUGUGUGUAAAACAAGCUGUCAGUAGUGCCUGGUUGUACCAAAUACUGUGAAAUGGUACAUACCCCACAGACCUGAAAAUAACUGUGCAGAGGGCCAGUUUUUGUUUAAAAUAAAUUUCCCUUGGAAAAACAA